AGUAACCAAAGAGAGAUAGAAAUACUGUUAGCAAUGACAGAGAUGGUAUCGAGGAAGAGAAAAAUGGGAGACAGAAAGGAGACAAAAUGGCCUCUCAUCAAAUCCAAAAAAAAUCUUCAAAUUACUCGCUUGCGAGAUUUCGAUCUCUUCACGGUCCAGAAUUUUUUCUCCUCUUCUGAAUCAAAGUCAUUCAUUGAAACUGCUGAGGGAAUUGGAUUUGUUCAUCAAGGGAGUUUAGGUCCAGCUAAAGGUGAAGCUUACAGAGAUAAUGAUCGAAUCUCAGUGAAUGAUUCUGUUCUUGCUGAUACAAUUUGGGACUCUGGACUUAGCAAAUUGUUUUCUGAUAUAAGAAUUCGUGGGAAAUCUGCUGUAGGUCUUAAUCCAAAUAUUAGAUUAUAUAGGUACAAGGCUGGUCAACGCUUUGGACGGCAUAUUGAUGAGAGUGUUGAUGUUGGUGAUGGAAAAAGAACUCGUUAUACUUUGCUUGUGUAUUUAAGUGGUGGACCUGGUGAACUUAAAUCAAAGACCAAAAAUGAUUCCACCAAGCCAACAGAUUCAUCUUUUGAACGUUUAGUUGGAGGAGAGACAGUCUUCUAUGGUCCAAGAAAUAGCAUUGUGGCUGAGGUUGCUCCCAUUGAAGGGCUGGCACUUUUGCACAUUCAUGGAGAUAAAUGCUUGUUGCAUGAAGCCAGAAACGUUACCAAGGGUGUUAAAUAUGUCUUUCGUUCGGAUGUUGUAUUUGCUUGAAGAGUGGUUCAUGUCUUGUAUCAAAAAAUCUGAUUACUGUUAUAUGUAAACAAAAUCGGGAAGUUAUUUUGAGUAACUCAUAGUUGGAAAUAUCUGGUUAAUUAAAUCAGGUAUCUACUCUGAACAUUGUUAAAACCGGCAAUGGGUGGCCUAAUACUAUAGUGUGAAGUUCAGAUACUUGGAACAUUAUGUGUAUUUAUAUAUUGUUCCAGUAUUUAGGAAUUACUUUUUUUCGAUACUUGACGUUGAAUUGCAUGUGAAACUGUUGUAUUUUUUACCCCAUGAAGGGUUGUGAUGAUAUUUUUUGUGCUAUGGAUAUAUAUGUUUGUAGUGAUGUUUUUUACUAGUUGAUCCAUCCCAUCUACAAAA